AUGGGUGACGUUCUGGUCGAAAACCCGGCCAACCAUACCGUCCCUCACAAGAAGACGGCACCCUCAACAAUUCCUAGUAUUGAGAACUUUGAGGGCAUCUCGACGGAAGGAGGUGACGAUUAUGCCACAUUGAAGAAGCUCCAAAGACAACUUGAGUACAUACAGCUGCAGGAAGAGUACAUCAAAGAUGAGCAGAGGAGUCUGAAGCGCGAGCUCGUUCGGGCUCAGGAGGAGAUCAAGCGGAUUCAGAGUGUUCCUUUGGUGAUCGGCCAGUUCAUGGAGGCCAUCGACCAGAACACCGGCAUCGUACAGUCUUCCACCGGCUCCAAUUAUGUCGUCCGUAUCCUAUCCACCCUCGACCGCGAGAAACUCAAGCCUUCGUCUUCCGUCGCCCUCCACCGUCACUCGAACGCCCUUGUCGACAUCCUCCCUCCCGAAGCGGACUCCUCUAUCGCCAUGCUUGGCGCCGACGAGAAGCCUGAUGUUACGUAUGCCGACGUUGGUGGUCUGGACAUGCAGAAGCAGGAGAUCCGUGAGGCUGUGGAGCUUCCUUUGACGCACUUCGACCUCUACAAGCAGAUCGGUAUUGACCCUCCUCGUGGUGUGUUGCUCUAUGGACCCCCCGGAACGGGAAAGACCAUGUUGGUCAAGGCUGUGGCGAACUCGACGACGGCGAACUUCAUUCGCGUUGUUGGUUCCGAGUUCGUGCAGAAGUACCUCGGUGAAGGUCCCCGUAUGGUCCGCGACGUCUUCCGGAUGGCUCGCGAAAACGCUCCUGCCAUUAUCUUCAUCGACGAGAUUGACGCCAUCGCGACGAAGCGUUUCGACGCCCAGACCGGUGCCGAUCGUGAAGUCCAGCGUAUUCUGCUGGAACUCCUCAACCAGAUGGACGGUUUCGAUCAGACCGCUAACGUCAAGGUCAUCAUGGCCACCAACCGAGCCGAUACCCUCGACCCCGCGCUGCUCCGUCCCGGUCGUCUGGACCGAAAGAUCGAAUUCCCUAGCUUGAAAGAUAGACGCGAGCGUCGUCUCAUCUUUUCUACUAUUGCCAGCAAGAUGAGCCUCGCUCCCGAGGUCGACCUGGACUCUUUGAUUGUCCGCAACGAUCCCCUGAGCGGUGCCGUCAUCGCCGCCAUCAUGCAAGAGGCCGGUCUUCGCGCUGUACGCAAGAACCGUUACAACAUCAUUCAGAGUGACCUCGAGGAUGCCUACUCGAGCCAAGUCAAGGGCACGAGCGACGAGAACAAGUUUGACUUUUACAAAUAA